AUGGCCAGCAUCCUCAGCAAAGUGUCCAGCGUCGUGGCCGCCUGCGCCCGCCGCGUCAUGCGCGCCACACGACGCCUCCUCCGCCCGCGGCCGCUCCGCCGGAGCGGCAGCCUCUGCCUCGGCAGGCAGCUCGUGCCGGCCGACGGUGGCAGCAACGGCACCGGAGCCGGCGAUACCGAGGAGGACGGUCAGGGCCUGUGGCGCCGGGCGAUCCUGAUGGGAGAGCGAUGCGAGCCGCUCGACUUCCCCGGCGCCAUCCACUACGACAGCCUCGGCCGGCGGCUCCAAGCGCCCCGCAGCGGCAGCGGCAAGGAGGCGGCGGCCGCACUGUUCUGCCGCUCGUCGGACGCCGUCGACGAGGCCGUCACGACGACAAAGAAAGCUAGAUAUGCCUAG